AAUACAAUCAAAGGUGUCAUUCUGCUCAGUAGUUACGCGCCAGGCGAGCAGGACAGCACUGGUGCUCUUCGACGUGCCAAGGAAAUUUGUCGCCUUCUCAAAUCACUGCCUGAAGCUCAGAAAAUACCGAUAUGUGUGGCCAUACACCAUGUCGAAAAUGAUAAUUUUCCCAGGUAG